UUAGGUUUUCAAACAUUUGGAAUAUAUUUCGGUAAUCUUAUCAUAACCAUGAAUACUGGUAGUGUGGAGGACCUGGAGGACCAGCGAAUUCAACUAAGCGUUCCGCGAGGUUAUUCAGCCAACGGUAGCACAGGGAGUUUCCGACGAAGGCCAAACUCAGUUCAUCCCCAGCCCAAGCGGGCAAGUGCACCAUCAGUUCCACAAUAUGCUACUUCACAAACAAACCAGAAGAAAACGACCGUUGAAAAACUUGUUCUUCUUUUGAAACCAUCGUGGAACACCAUAUUUGUCACUGCAUGUGUGCUUGCAGUUUCAUUAGAUCCCUUGUUCUUUUACAUACCAAUAAUCGAUGAGAAAAACAAGUGCCUUGACAUGGACGUCAAGUUGAAGAACGUAGCACUUGUUCUGCGGUCCCUCUUUGAUGUCACCUUCAUAGUGCAUAUUGUAUAUCAAAUUCGUGAAGCCAUUAAAGCUGUGGCCGAGGAGUCGGAUCCCAAUGAAGAAGAACAAGCAGCAGCAAAGUCGACCGAUUGGGUUUCGAGAUUUUUCGAUUCAUUUGAACAAGUUGAUGCAAUAUGGGAAAAGCUGAGAUGGCGCUCUUUCAUAACUGACAUUCUUGCUGUUCUUCCCGUCCCACAAGUACUGCUUGUAGUCAUCUUUUUCAAAAUGGGAGGCCCUAGAUAUUUGGAAAAUAGGAAGAUUUUGAAUUUCUUUCUUCUCCUUCAAUACGUUGCAAGGAUUUAUCGAAUAUACCUAUCGUCUGAAAAAAUUACAAAAAGUUCUGGAAUAUGGGUUAAAGGUCUAUUCAACUUUUUUCUCUACAUUCUUGCAAGCCAUGUGUUUGGAGCAUUUUGGUAUUUCUUCGCUAUUCAACGUGAAACUUCGUGUUGGCAUCGGAUAUGUGGUCCAUAUUGUCCAAGCAAUUAUACGUUUUACUGCAACAGGGAUAACGGUACAGCAACAGAUAUGCAGUCAUUUAUAAAUGGUCUAAAUACAACUUGCGCUCCAGGUGGAGACUUUGGCUUUGGAAUAUUUCAACCUGCCCUUGAGUCUCACAACACCGAAUCCAAAAAACUGGUACAGAAACUAUUUUUCUGUUUCUGGUGGGGCCUGCGAAACUUAAG